AUGUUCCUAUCUAUCUAUCUAUCUAUGACAAUAUCGAUCUAUCUAUCUACCUAUCUAUCUAUCUAUCUAUCUAUCUAUCUAUCUAUCUAUCUAUCUAUUUCAUUCCUUUCAUUAUCUACCUAUCUGUAUAUCUAUCAAUCACAGUCUAUUCAGAUAUCUGUCCUCUGUCCCUCUCUCUCUCUCUCUCUUUUCUACACACCACAUUUCUUUUCAAAUACACUAAACAUCUUUCAUUCUUACUUCGUUAUCUUUCCUUCCUUAGUUUUCUUUUUUUUUUUUCUUCCUAAAUAUCAUUCAUUCAUGAAUAUUUCUCUUUCUUUUUAUAAAAUGAAAUUUUUUUUUCUUUUUUCUUCCUUGUCAUUCAUUCAUAUAUUUUCUUUCUUUUAUAAAUGUUUUUCAUUCUUACAUCUUUCUUUAUCUUUCUUCCUUAUUAGUUUUUUCUUUUCUUUUUUUCUUCCUCAAAUGUCAUUCAUUCAUUUUUCUUUCUUUUUUUUUAAAUUUUUUCAUUGUUACAUCUUUCUUUUCGAUUCCUUAUUUUUUUCUUUUUUUUUUCUUUCAAUUCAUUCAUUUUUUUCUUUUCUUUUUUAUAAAAUGUCAUUCUUUCUUUAUUCAUUUUAA